AUGAGACUUGUGCUAGUUAUACGAUUUACCAAUGCCCUCUCGGCCACUGAACAAAUUCCUGAUUUGUCGAUACCGAUUAGCAUAAACUUGGACAAAGAUGAUGUCAACAAGUUGAUAAAUACAACGUGGUUGAAGGCGUCGAUCAGAAGCAAGUUGCCACAGUGUUCAACUAAACGUUUAAAGUUGAUUUACAAUGGCCGAGUAUUGAAUGAAAAGACUGACUUUUCGAAGGAGGUAUUGAAACCACGAUUGGCAAAUUUAACAGAUAAUGAUUCGGUAUACAUUCAUUGCGUUGUUAGUGAAGAGUUGACAAGAAAACAGCUUGAGGAAGAGAAUAAGCUAGACAAUAAACCCCCAGAAGUCACAACCACGCCCAAUGUAAUUGGGUUUGAUCGUUUAUUGCAACAAGGUUUUUCAAGAGAAGACGUUAAUGAUUUGAGGCGGCAAUUUUACCAGAUUUAUGGACAGGGCACUGUUGGAACUAGCAGUGAGAUAGCAGACGUGGAGGAAGAUGAAUCAAGGCAACAGAAUUUACGGCAAUUGGAAGAAAGGUGGAUUGAAUCGACAUCAAACAAUGACGCCACUGAUCAAACGGGUCUAACCAAUAAUACCACAGCUUCGGCACCAGAAACAGCAGAACAAAUACCGCCACAAACACCGUUGGACGCUGAUGAAACAAAGGUCAAUGAGGACUUGCUACUUGGAUUCUGUCUCGGUGUUUUCCUUGGUGUUAUAUCGGUAGUGUUUCUUUUAGUAGACGACACAAUUUUCAACAAACGGCAGAAAAUGGCAAUUAUAGCUGGUCUAGCCAUCAAUUUUUCAUUGGCGUUAGUAAGAGGAUUGUGGUUAUAG